CUCAGACUUUGAAACCUGAAGAAGAAGAAACAGUAGGAAGCGUUUCGCUCCUUGGGUUUAAUGAUACCUGCCUUGGGAAGAUUACCGGUAAAUGUCAAUAAAUCUCUUCUUACAAGCUUUCUCCGCUCACAAACACUCAAAAGAAUAUCGUCUGCCGGCCCAGAACUGUGUGGAGCUGAUCCGGUUGAUGUGAUGUGCAGUCCAGGAUCGGGGGGGCCUGGAGAGGACGCCUCUGUAGAGUAUGUGUACUGCAGCGGGGCAAUCACAGAGCUGCUUAAAUAUGGACCAACAGACCUGCAUGCUGCCAGCAAAAGCCCCAAUCCUCCCAAAAUGCUCAUCCUUGUCAUUCCAGGUAACCCAGGUGUGGUGGGCUUCUACAAGACAUACAUGUGGACGCUAUAUCAGACAUGCAUCCGGAGAUAUCCAGUGUGGGCUGUGAGCCAUGCUGGACACUGUAUGCCUCCAGAAACCUAUGAUAUGAUUGAAGAUGCAUCUGUGACUGAGAAGGAGGAUGUUUUUGGGCUAAAUGGGCAGAUUGAACACAAGCUGGCCUUCCUUCGAAAGCAUGUGCCUCGGGACACCAACCUGCUGCUGAUUGGUCACUCCAUCGGUUGCUACAUCAUUUUGGAGAUGCUGAAGAGAGACCCAGAGCUAAAGGUUGUGAAGGCGGUGAUGCUCUUCCCCACGAUUGAGCGCAUGGCCUGUAGCCCUCAAGGGAAGGUCAUGACCCCUGUGCUCUGCCGGCUGCGGUACGUCUUCUAUUUGCCCAUCUUCCUUCUCUCCCUCCUUCCAGAGAGGCUGAAGGUCAGCAUAGUGCGUCUGGCUCUGAGGAAUUUUUAUGCAGUGGACACCUCCAUCAUCCCAGCCACCGUCAGCCUGAUCAAUGUAGACUGCGCAGCCAGCGGUAUGUACAUGGGAAGCCAAGAAAUGAGACUGGUUGUAGAAAGAGACAACGCGACUGUACCAAAACACCUCUGUCAGCUUAUUUUUUACUAUGGAGCCACGGAUCACUGGUGCCCUGUGCAGUAUUACCAUGAUAUCAGAAAAGACUUCCCUGAAGGGGACAUUCGUCUGUGUGAGAGGGGCAUCCGGCAUGCGUUUGUCCUGGAUGCAGCGGAGGAAAUGGCUAACAUGACGGCAGAGUGGAUCUUUGAUGAUUGAGGACGCUCUGCCAGAUUAACAUUUUAUUCCUCUUUAACCUCUACCCUCUGUGUGUGUUUUUUAAUGUGACCAAUAUUUAAAGAUUUAUUACCUAUUUCCAUGGCAAAGCAUCAAGCUUGUCACAAAACAUUUCACAAAGGGGCUGUAUGAAUGAUGAAUUGGUGCCAUUUUAUUUUUCAAAUAUUCAUGAUAUUAAAAUAUCUGGUAUUUUGAUUCUCAAAUAUGUGCAAGUAAACGUAUUUUGUCCCUCAACUAUGUGUUAUUGCUUUAGUCUCUACUUUCUGUCAAGUGGACAUUGUAAUUGUCUGUUUGUGAUGUUUAUGGCAAUGAUUUCUAAACACACAAAUGUGCAGUGGGGUGUGGAGCAGGACACAUGUCAAUUAUUUAUUUAUUUUAGGGGAUCAUGGUCAUUUUUGAAACUUGAUUUAACCAGACAGCUCACAUAAGAAGAAAAUUCUUGUAUAUGACGACCUGGCAUGAAGAUAUUGAUCUCUUAUUGGGAAAUGUAUUUUUUAUAAUUUAAAUGAUUUUAUAUUAUUAUUCAAUUACAUCAGAAGGUUAAAAAACAAUACAUAUUACAAACUACACAGACUGCAAAAUAUUAAAAUUGCACUCUGUUCAUAGAAUGUCACAUUGUUAAAAAAAAAAACAUUUGCAGUUGAAUCAAUAAAAGCUGGUUAAGAGACGUC